AGAAGCAUGCGUCUACAAUUCUCAUCCGCACAUCAUCCGCAAACAUGCGGCCAAACAGAGCGGACCAAUCAAACGAUGGAAUGGCUGAUAUGGUCAAAUUGCCCCGACCGAAACAAAUGGGAGGACGCAUUGCCCAUAUUAGAAUUUUCCUACAACAAUACACCCGCGUCAAUGACUGAUCACUCCUCAUUCUACCUCAAUUACAGGAUGGACCCGACCAUUCCUAUCUCGACCAACCUGAAAGAUAGAUUCCAAGAUUGCAACU